AUGGGCAAGAAGAGCAAGGCCGGGAAGAGCCGCAGGGACAAGUUCUACCACCUGGCCAAGGAGACGGGUUUCCGUUCCCGUUCCUCCUUCAAGCUCCUGCAGCUCAACAGGAAGUUCCAGUUCCUGCAGAAGGCCCGGGCCCUGCUGGACCUGUGUGCAGCCCCCGGGGGGUGGCUUCAAGUGGCUUCUAAAUUCAUGCCAGUUUCCAGCUUGAUCAUUGGAGUGGACUUGGUCCCCAUCAAACCCAUUCCCAACGUGGUGACCCUGCAGGAGGACAUCACCACCGACAAGUGUCGCCAGGCCCUGCGCAAGGAGCUGCAAACCUGGAAGGUGGACGUGGUGCUGAACGACGGGGCGCCCAACGUGGGGGCCAGCUGGGUGCAUGAUGCCUACUCCCAAGCCAACCUGACCCUGAUGGCCCUGAAGUUGGCCUGUGAGUUCCUCAGCAAAGGAGGCUGGUUCAUCACCAAGGUUUUCCGUUCCCGGGACUAUCAACCCCUCCUCUGGAUCUUCCAGCAGUUCUUCACCAAGGUCCAAGCCACCAAACCCCAAGCUUCCCGCAAUGAAUCUGCUGAGAUCUUCGUGGUGUGUCAGGGUUAUCAGGCUCCGGAUAAAAUCGACAGCAAGUUUUUUGACCCCAAAUAUGCCUUCAAGGAGGUGGAGGUGCAGACCAAGUCUGUUAGUGAGCUGGUCAGCAAGAAGAAACCAAAGGCUGAGGGCUACGCUGAUGGUGACACCACCCUCUACCAUCGCUUCACCCUGAUGGAUUUUCUCAAGGCUCCCAACCCCGUGGACUUCCUCUCCAAGGCCAAUGAGAUCACCCUGGGGGAUGGGGAGCUGGAGAACCACAGCUCCACCACAGAGGAGCUGCGUCAGUGCUGCAAGGACAUCCGUGUGCUGGGCCGUAAGGAGCUCAGAGCUCUGCUCAACUGGAGGACGAAGCUGCGACGUUUCUUGGCCAAGAAGCUGAAGGAGCAGGCGAAGGAGCUGGAUAUCAACCUGAGCUCAGGGGAGGAGGAGGAAGGCAAAGAGGAGGAGGAGAAGGAGAAGAAGAAGCCACCAAAAGCAGCGGGUGAUGAGGCGGUGGGAGAGGAGGAGGAGGAGGUGGAGCUGGCGUUGGCAGAGAUGAAGGCCAAGGAGCUGGCAGAGCUGAAGAGGAAGAAGAAGAAGAUCCUGAAGGAGCAGCGGAAGCAGCGGGAACGUGUGGAGCUGAAGAUGGACCUUCCUGGUGUCUCCAUUGCUGAUGAUGGUGACACCAGCAUGUUCUCCCUCCGGACCAUCCACAGGACCCCGCUGCUGAACGAGGUGACCCGAGGUGACAUGGCCUCAGCAGAUGCUCUCCUGGAGAUGGGAGCUGGGGAUGAUGACAUUUAUGUCUCAGAUCAUGAGGAGGAUGAUGAUGUGUCCCUGGCCAGUGACCUGGACCCAGAGGAGCUGCUGGAGAUUGAGGCCCGACAGCGCCGGCUGGAGCGGGAGAGGAGGGAGCAGGGAGCCAAGAGAGGGAAGUUAAAGCAGAAGGAAGAGGAGGAAGGGGAGGAAAAGGAGAAUCCUCUGCUGGUGCCUUUGGAGGAGAAGUCGGUGCUGGAAGAACGUCAGACCAGCCUGUGGUUUGGGAAGGACUCCUUUGCUGGGAUUGAAGAUGAUGCUGAUGAGGACCUGGAGCUGGGACAGGCACAGAUGCUGGCUGAGAAGCAGCGGGGAGCUCAGAGAGACAAGGCAACCAGGAAAGGGCAGAAGAAGGUGCUGGUGUCCCAGGAGGAACCUCCAGCUGAGCCCCUGCCCACUGCAGAGCCAGACCCUGACCCUGGGGCAGGGCAGGAUGAGCAGAGCAGUGAUGAUGACAGCAGCAGUGAUGAGGAGAGGCCCCUGGUGCCCGUGGGCAGGAAGCAGGGCCAUGUGGAGCCAUGUGGCUUUGAGGUGGUGCCCAUUGAGAAGCCAGUGAAAAGAGUCCUGGAUGCAGAGGGCCUGGCCCUUGGCUCUGUCAUUGCCACCUCCAAGAAGGCCAGGAGGGACCUCAUCGAUGACUCCUUCAACAGAUAUUCCUUCAACGAGGAGGAGGGGGAGCUGCCCGAGUGGUUCCGGGAGGAGGAGCAGCAGCACCGGCGCCGGCAGGUGCCCGUGGAUCGCCAGACGGUGGAGCUGUUCCGGCAGCGGCUCCUCCCUCAGGGGAAGAAGCUGGAGCAGAUGAAGAAGAAAGCAGAGGCUGUGGUGAGCACAGUGGACAUCUCAGAGAGGGAGAAGGUGGCCCAGCUGCGGCGCAUCUACAAGAAGGCUGGGCUGGCCAAGGAGAAACGUCAGGUCACCUACCUGGUGGCCAAGAAGGGGGUGGGACCCCGUGUGCGCCGCCCCCCGGGGGUCAGGGGGCAGUUCAAGGUCGUGGACAGUCGCCUCAAGAAGGACGUGAGGGCUCAGAAGCGUCACGAGCAGAAGAAGAAGCGGCACAAGUGA